ACAGUGAGUAACAUUCAAGAGACCGAUGGCCCUUACGAAGUGGUAUCAAUUGUUCCUUCCCAUGAAGACAUUACAUUCAUGCCACAAACCCUAACCAUCAGUUUACCAGACGACACAGGUUUGACAGUGCCACGAUCUAUCAAUUUCAACCCUGAAAUACUGACCACUCUUUCAAAAUUAUUGGUGCAGACAACAUCAAAUUCUCAGAAUAAUCGAAGAUCUGCUAGACAAAAUGCUAAACAGCGGAGGCAUGAAGAGAACAGAUCCCGAACUGCUAGUGAAGUGUCAGAUUAUACUCCUGACAAACGCCUACUACCAAAAGUUAAGAAAAAGAAAGCCAGACCACACAGCAGUGGCCCAAGUUCAUAUGGUCCAAAGUCUUCAAUUGAUAUUCCAAGAGUUGAUCAGAGUUCCUUAGAAGGCAGUGACGGGCAAUUGACAGAGUCUAAUGAAUACCCAGAGAAAACAUCAAGAUAAUCAAUUUGCAUCUUCUGAAAGUGGAUUCGACACUGAAAAGUGCGUAGAAAAACUGCACUAGGUAGAACUAGACACAGUUUGAAAUAUACCUCAAACCAUUUUCAAUAUGCUAGAAAAUUUACAAUCCAUAGUAAGGUUUCAUGCUUAUUCCUAGUUCAGCAAGCCCAUUUUAAUGCUAUAUGUACUA